AUGGGGUGCCCUUUCGCCCAGCUGUCGCCCUUGUUGCUGCUCAGCUGUCUCGUGCUCUUCUUCCAGUUCGGGGCGUCUUUCCUCUCACCGAAGCCGCUGCUGGCCUCUCUGCAGCGCGGGCGAUCCUUGGCAGAUGCCUCCGCUGGCGUAGGCUCAUCGUCCCGAAGCCGGGCGGCGUCGCCGCCACCGCACCACGGGGGUUCCUCGAGGGACGGGGGGGGCAGGGGGGGGUCGUCUCGCAGCGGCGGGGGGCCGCGCAUGCUGGGCGUGUCGGACGUGCUGGCGCCCCCGGAGCUGCAGCUGCAGUCGGACGAGGGCUUCGAGGGGGAGCCGCUGGCCUGGACGGAGUCGCUAGGCUCGGGAGGUCCGCUUUUCUUUGCGGACCUUCUCCGGACGCAGGCGUCCACUCUCGAGUUCGAGCUGGCACUCGGCCGGUCGCCAGUGCCCCGGUGCAUGGACACCGUGUGCAACCCGGAGCGCCGGUCGCGGGUGCGGAACCUCAUUUAUACCGGCGACCGCGUGCGUAAGGUCCGCAUGAGCUACCUCGACACUCCGGACAUGCAGGUGUACAGCACCGUUGCGUACAGCGCCCCAGGCCACGACUUCCCCCUGCUCGGCCUCUCCGCCAUGGCGAUGGGGAGCGUGAGGGUGCUGGCGCUGGACUUGCAGCCUCUUUUCCCCGGCGAGGACUACGCCGCCAAGUACGCCGACGCGAACGCUAAGCUCAAGGCCAUCCGGAACAAGUACCCGCAGCUGGGCGAGGAGCUUCGAAAGGAUUACUACAAGGGGUCACCCUUUUUCUCGGACAGCAUGAUGUACGCGAGAUGGGGGCCUAAGGAAGAGGCGGACGGUUUCAUGGACAAGGUUGUCAUGCCUGCCUUUCGAGAGUGCAUGCAAGCGUACGUUGAAAUCGUCAACCAGGCCCCCGCGCACGCGCCAGGUUCUCCCACCGAACAGGCGGUACUAGAGCGACAGGCAGAGUUCGACCGAUUUCACGCCGAACGCGAACAAGUGCGACCGAUCUUGACCUCCAAGUUUGGCGCCUCGUUCGCGGACACUUACGUUUCGGACUUCCUCUUCGCGUACGGUGGCGGUCAACGGUAACGGCUCUUCCGGAAAAGAGCCGUUGGGAGAGCACGUUGGUAGGAGACGAUUUGGGGGCGGGCACGUUUUUGUAACGCCAUCGGCUGGGUCUGAGCCCAACGGGUUGUGUGGCGUGUGUGUGUUUUUGUCCUCCGGUCUAUGGAUUGUGUUGCGUGAGAGCACCCAGCGUGUUUGUUGGAACCGUCCCCGUCGUAGAUUGGUGCUGUUGCUCUUCAACCCUAUUGUAGAUGUUAUUGCGCUGUACACACCGGCUGUUCCCAGCGCUAUAUUGGUUUGUGAUAGCGACUCCCGGCCGCUUUAGGCCGGCUUGUCGUGGCGGCUGAUCUCGGGCACCCGCCACUUUUUUACCUGAAAUGGCGCGCCCGUGCUCCUCGUGAAAAAGUUGAUUUUGGCCUACAACGCGCUUGUUAUGACGCCACCUCUCGGCCGCGCGUCACAGCAGUAGCUUGUGGUGGGUGGAGCUUCUACAAGUAAUUUAUGUGCUAUAGCUGCCUAGUACUGGCGAGAGGACCGGGGCAUUCGUGGGGUCGGCAUGCCGGGCGAUUUGAGACUAUUUUUGUCUAGGGGAGACUGUAAUAAUGUAGCAAGGAGCUUUUGUGUGUAUUGCUGCUUUUGUUGUUUUCGUGACAAGAUGAGCUGUUCGGGGUUCCCGGCGGUCGGUACGAGCUGUGUAUGGUUGGCGUGUUGGUAACGUGGACAUAUCUUUCCGACAGCCAGUCAACCACACCUCAUUCGAGGACCGCUAUGAGACUAUCUUCCACAUCCACCAAAAGCCUACCACGUGCCAAGAGCGUAGGGUCUGCUGCUUCUGACAAAGACCGUUCUUGUUGCUGCGUACGGGGGGGGCAUGUAACAACGUCAUGUGCUGUUGCGAACACUCUGAAAAAAGUUGCUUUUGACGCCACCUCUCGACCGCGCGUCACAGCAGCAGUUUGUGGUGCGUGGAGGUUCUAGAAGUAAUAGAUGUGCAUAGCUGCCUAGUACUGGGGGGAGGACUGGGAUGUCCUUGUGGUCGGUAUGCCGGGCGAUGUGAGACUCUUGUCUAGGGGAGACUGUCAUUGUAGCAAGAACGGAGCUUUGGUGUUGAUUUACUUCUUUUUUGUGAGCUUUUUGGGGUUCCCGGCCGUCGGUACGAGCUGUUUGGUUGGUCCUUGCUAGUAACGUGGACAUAUCUUUCCGACAGCCAGUCAACCACACCUCUUUCUAG